GUACAGGGGUGCAGUACGGUGCAGUGCAGUGGUAUAUUAUGGUCAUUCCUCUUUGAUCGUGGUCCUUGAAGGGAAGACGGAGGGAAAGUAAGUUAUAAAACUUCUUUCCAGGACCCUACGAGGUUGGAGAAGGGAAGGAUUUACCAGGGAUUGGUGUGCCAGUGAAGGCUGCCCGUCACCAUGUCUUUGGUUAUUGCUGUGGAAAGUGGGAAGAGUCUGCCAAACAUCGAGAAGUUUGGUACGAUCGACCCCUUCGUCCAGUUGAAGUUUGCAGGUUCAAAGAAGAAGACGAAAGUAGUAGACGACUCUACUGAUCCACAAUGGAAUGAGUCCUUGGAAUUUAAUCUCAGUGACAAGCCACUUACAGCAUCCGACUCAGUAGAACUCGAGGUCUAUGACCAUGAGAAGAUUGGUCGAAACAAGUAAGUAACGCGCAUGUACAUGUACUGAAAUAUAUGUGACACUCAUCUCAAAACCUGUAAUAAUAGAAUGAGAUGAAACAUAAAUAGUGGAAUUCAUUUUACACAUUUACAUAGAUUUGUGCAUAGGUCACAAUAUCAAAGCGACUCUUUCUGUGAUACCACCCCCUCUCCCCAUAGUUUUGCUAAAGCAAGGAUGUGAGGAUGUAACAAAAAAAAAGGAAGAGAAGAGGGAUACAACAAUAAAUAAUGUAAAUGUAAGGAGUUAGGUAUACCUACAUGUACAUGUAACAUGUACAUGUAGGUAGAUAGAUAAAUAGAGAGAUAAGGCUGUGGACCGUGGGGGAAUGUAAGUAGUCACCACAAGGUGUGGGCAGAAGAGGUAUAAAUUGUAUCUUCAUUGCAGAACAGUGAAGUUAUCUGCCCCCCUCUCCCUCCCAAAUAAAACAAAAAACAAAAGAAGGUGAUAGAAAGAAGAAUAAUCAAAGAAAGAUGCACUGAUUACCCAGGGAAACAUUGGGAAGCAUGGGAAUAUAAUAAGAACUAUAUCCAUAUAUUUCCAUUAGCUAAAUAUUUUGUUAGCUGCUGUGCUUUUGUGGCACACCCGAUUGGGUCUAUUCAAAACAAAACCAGGCAUAUAUUGAUUUCAAGGUUUUUCCUCUAUUAUCUGUAGAUUUGUGUAUUCUGCUCAGGAACAAUUCAGCAACCAUGUACAGAUUGUCCCUCAUAUGUUUGUUUUGCACACAAAGUCUGAUGUGAAACGUGCUGGGAAUUGGUUGAUGGAAGUUCCAAGUUGGACCAAGAUAUAGUCUUUAUCCAAAAUGCUGUUUAGAUGUCCGGGGGGGGGGGGGGGGGGGUGGGAACUUGGUGACUAAUAUUACUUCAUAACCUUAGUGGUAUAUCAAACUGCUAUGAUAUGAAAAUUUUCUUUAAAUUCAUCAAUAUUUUGAUGUUGUGAAAUACAUACUAUACUGUGAGAAUGAAAAAGAUAAAUAAAUAUGAAGGCACUCCCAAAUGACUCACUUCCAAGGAUGGUGGUGGACAGGGGGGGGGGGGGGGGGCUUAGGGUUUAGGGUCAGGCACAAUAGCAACUUUCAAACAAAAAAAUAUGGGGAAAAUAAAAACAAAUUCCAGAACUACUACACCUCAUGACAAAUUUUUCAAUUUCAAGAUAUAUAGAAGUAUAUAAAAUUGAUUAUUAAGUGAUUUUCAGUGCAUUGGUUGGAACUUUGAAACAAAGCAAAACCCCCAGAUAAAUACAUUUGGUAUCACUUGACCCCAAAAGAUGUAAUUUUACAGUCAAUUUUAAGUUUUACAUAACUGCAGUAGUAAGAGUUAAAAACAAUGACGUUAAUUUUUCUAUUUGCUCUCAGUUGGUAAACAAGCUGGAUAAAUGUCCUUCAUCAGUAGAAAUUAAUACAUAAUGCUUUGCAGAUUGGCAGAAGUGUCAUCUGCAUAUGAUGGGAUAAAACACAAAACAAAAGGGUGAAAAUCAAUUACUUUGAUAGUCGGCAGAUAAUAGACCCAUUUCCCCGUUGAAUUUCACCCUGGAUUUUACCUUGAAAGAUCCAGUAGCGAGAUUCUGUGAGUUAUGGAUUGCAUCACAAUUUUAUCGUCCAGUGACAUUAUUGAUUUUUAUCAUCAAACGUCACAUUUGUAUUUUUUGUAAUUCAGCCAGGGAGGUGUGUGUAAUCUGGUUUCUGAUGUGCCUCACGAUACUUACAGGCCUUUCUUAUAGGCAAAGGUUGUUGUAGAUUAAUUUGUCAUUUUGGAAUAAAAUCAAAGUGUUUACAAUAAACAAAGAGGAAGGAUGGUUGCUUUAGAUAAUGAUAAUAAUAAUGCUCACUAUUAUAACGAUUGAUAGUGCAUGAUACAUUUCAACAACGUCUCUGUUAUUAAUACAGCCGACAUGGCUUCUCUGUAUCAGUGUAUCUACUUUAUCUGUUGGGUUUUAAAUUUAUCUUUAAAAUGUAGAAUAAGUUUUUAUCACAAUGUUAAACAUCAUGUCCAUGUCUUAAGCUAAAAAGUGCAUUUUUCUGCAUAACUGGAGAGGGGAAGAGAAACAUGUUUUAUUUAGUUUUAUUUGGUCAAAACUUUUAUGAACCAAAUUAGAUUCAGGGUCACAUCUCUAUUAUUUUAAGUAUUUUAAUAUGAAAAUGUAAAUUGGUGCACUUGGUGAUAUUUUUGCUUUGAAGUUAUUGAUUGGACAUGGGGCAGAGAGUAAACUUCUUGUUAUCAUUUGCCCACAACACUGUAGGCCUACCUUAAUAUGACACCAUAGCAUAGAACUAGCUAAAAAAAUUCACUGAAAAUAUGCACUAUCAACAUCCUCCUUUACCUUUAGAAAGCAAACUCAUACCUUCCCACAAACUAAUAUUAUGGUUCAUUGACUAUAAACAGUAACCAUGGCAACCCUUCCCACCAGGCCCUCUCUUUUGAGUCACUUCCAGCCCACGUUAGGGGCUUAUCGCGCCCGCCAUGGGGGGAGAUCUGGCUAGGAGUGUGGGGGAGUAUCUUCCUGAUGUGGUAUCAGAGGGUGGAUUAAGGGGGGAAAUGAAUGGUAAUAAGGGGUAAUGUUCGUUACCCCCGCCAGAGAUUUAGCGAUCCCUGCAAUAAAUAGGCCAUAUCGCAGGCAGGCGAGUUGGCUCUUUGGAAUUUUUGUGAGGGGAUAGAUUGCUAAGCAUGUAUUUUUAAAAAUAUGGUGCAUAGUUUGAAAAAGAUCACUUUUAUAUCCCGCCAUCCUUUGAAAAUAUAUUUUUAGCAACUUUUUAAGAUAAAACAAGGGAGGGCACAAUCCACUCAUUCUUUAGAGUAAUCUGCUAUAGUGCCCAACGUGUGAGCACUAUUUCAUCUAAUGAAAAAAGUCUGGUCCAUUUCUCUACAAGAAAAUGUUGCAGAUUAUCUACUUAUCUAGUCUUGGGAAAUAUUAGGAUUCAUAGAGUAUGUAUAUAAUUUGUAAAAAUAUCAUCAGUUACAGUGUAUGUACAUUGCUUUCUUUGUCAUACACUGUAGUUCAUUAUUUUUCAUAAUAUUAAUUGAUACCUGAAACUAAAAAUGGACCUGCAGUAUUAAGAGUACUCUUUGUUUAGAUCUUAUGCUUUUGAAACUAGCUAUAAUCCACAAGCUGGUCAAUUAAACUCUAUUACAAUGUACAUUACUUCAUAGUACAAACUCGUUUACACAGUGAUUUAUGAUUGAAAUUAUGUUUCUGUACAGGUAAAGUUAUAUCCAAAUGACUUUUUGAGCUACAUGUAAGUCAUGUAUAGGCCUUCACUUCAUACUGUUCUGUUUUGGUGACAGAACUGUUCAUGUAAAAUAUUUCAUUUAGAGAAUUAUAGCCGACAUAAAAGUAAUGUUCAUACAUGUAUGAAAACUUCAAGCACGGUAUGUGAAAUCAGAGUUCAUUAUUAUAGAAUUUGGUAAGGUCUCAGUUUUCUUUUUAUUAGGAAUUAAUCAUUAUAAACAUCAUGUACAUGUACAGCAUAGAUUUACAUUUGAUAUAAAGAUUUUAGAGGAAUAGAGAUAAUGAUGCUAAGAUUUUAAAGAAAAUGCAGAAGACGUCUGCUAUACCAUAAACCUACGUGGCUAAACCAUUGCUACCAAACCACAUACUUUAAAUUUUUCAUUUUGUAAAUGGCAUUACCAGAGGUAUAACAGAUUGACUGCUUAAUUAUCUAAAUGGAUUAAUGGAGCAAACAUUGAGAAAGUAAUUAUAGCAGUAGUCAUGAGGUAAAAUGGGCCAUUAAUUCCAUGAUUAUUUAUAUACAAAUGUAAAAAGUAAAUAACUUACAUUAU